GCCAAUCAUUUAUGAUCUGACCUACAAAGAUAAAACAGGCUUGGAGGUAUUAAGCUACCCUCCUGCAAGAAUUGGAGGCCAAUUCAUCUUUUAUUCUUUCUUUCUCCUUAUAUUCUGUUCUUCUUAUUUUGAGGAACGCAUUUUAUCUCUCAACUUUAUCAUACCUCAUACACACUACAACUUAUAAGUCGCCAAGAUGCUCGAGUUCUUUACGUAUAAGAAACUAAAGAAACACCGGGAUGAGACGGCUGAGAAGCAGAAACUAAAGAAGGACGAAGAUAAGGGCAAGGGAAAGGAGGAAAAUCCCAAGAUUGAUACUGCAAAGGCCAGUAUCGAUGCUAUUCACUCCGAGUCUACAAGCUCGCCCGAGAUUAUCUUGGAGCGUACUGAGGGUAUGCCUAUUCUCGACCCAGAGGAUGAGAAGUUUCUCGAGCGCCUGACCUCUCCGUCAGAUAGCGGUAUUGGUAUCGGCGACGGCGACGAUACACCACCACCUCUGCCUCCGCGUGUCAAGACGCCUGUCAUCGAGCUAGACAGCGACGUUUCUAGCGUCGCUAGCAAAAAUGAGAGCAAGCAGGACGUCCCUACUAAGGAUGGUGAUGGAGGCAAGGGCAAAGGCAAAGAUAAGGAGAAGCAUAAGGGCAAGGACAAGGACAAACACGACGGCGACAAACCCAACCACAAACCCAAUCGCUUCUCCUUCGUCACCUCCCUCUCGCGCAACAUCUCCCUCAAGCGCAAACCCACCCAACACCUCUCCGUACCCCCCUCUUCCUCCACCUCCACCUCCACCUCCACCUCCACCCCCACCCCCUCCGAGCGCGAAGUCAGCAAAGAAGAAACCGACAUCGCCCGCGUCCUCGAGGACCUCAACCUCGCCGCCUCCGCCGACAACAAAGCCUUCAGCCUCUCGCGCGAAUCCGCCGAGACCCUGCGCCGAUUCACCCAAGUCCUCAAGGACCUAGUCAACGGCGCGCCCACCGCAUACAACGACCUAGUCGGCCUGAUCGAGGACCGCGACGGCGUCCUGGCCAGAUCUUACGAUAAACUCCCGUCCAGCCUGAAGAAGCUCGUCGCGCAGCUCCCCGAAAAACUCACCUCGUCGCUGGCGCCGGAACUCCUGGCCGUCGCGGCGGAGGCGCAGGGGUUGAAGGGCGGCGCGGGGGUCAUGAGUGCUGAAGGGGGGAGUAAGGGAGAGGCGGCGAAGAAGCUGCUUGGCGCGAGUAAUCUCCUGGAGUUGGUGACGAAGCCGGGGGCGGUGGUGGGCUUGCUUAAGGGUAUUGUGAAUGUGCUGAAGACGCGGUGGCCGGCGUUUGUAGGCACGAAUGUGCUGUGGAGCGUUGCGGUGUUUUUGUUGUUAUCCGCGCUAUGGUAUUGCUAUAAGAGGGGGCGGGAGACGAGGUUGGAGAGAGAGGCUAGUGAGGUGUCGGGGACGGAGGGAGAGGUGGGAGCGGAAGUGCUAGUGGAGGGAACGAAGGAGGGUGGUAAUGCUGAGGCUAAUGGGGAUGUACCUCGUAUUGAAGGAGUGCCGGCUCAGCAGCAGCAGCAGCAACAGCAGCCGACGGUGUCUGUAUCUGCCCCGGCGUCUUAGAGGGCAAGGAAAGUGGUAGUGGGUAGGCGAUAACGGAAUCACCGGCUCUCCUUAUCAAAAUAGGAAAAAACACAGCUCGCAAUAGGAAGAGAAAAAAAGAAAAAAGAAAAAGCAAGAGGGCGAGACUAUCUACCGCCUACGAGGGCAUGAAGGUAGGAUAUACGACAGGACGAACUACACGAGCUACGAUAGAUAGAUAGGUACAUGAUGGAGAUAGAUACCCUGUUUUGGUCGAUAUGAUAUACCUACCUUACCUAUACAUCUAGGAGUAGGAAUUUUGGUCUAGGACGUUGCGGUUUGGUUUGUGGAAGGGGAAAACGGAUGGAAUGAUGCUUAGGUUAGAUAUAAGUAAUGGUAAUGCGAACAAUAGUAUCGUGGCAGACAGUCUUGAGUGAUCU